AUGUCAGAAUAUGGUAAAGCAGGUAGUGGUGGUUUACAAAGUUCACAAUAUGAUAAUAUAGAUAGAAGAGAAAGACAAAAACAAUUAGUAUUAGAACAUGUUGAUGUUUCAAAAGAUCCAUAUAUUAUUUCAAAUCAUAUAGGUUCUUUCGAAUGUAGAUUAUGUUUAACAGUUCAUAAUAAUGUUGGAAAUUAUUUAGCACAUACACAAGGAAAAAAACAUCAAACUCAUUUAGCACGUCGUGCUGCAAAAGAACAAAGAGAAAAUCCAUCUGUUUCAAAAAAUAAUUAUAUUCAAACAACAAGAGUUAUACAUAAAAAAACAAUUAAAAUUGGAAGACCAGGUUAUAAGAUAAUAAAACAAAGAGAUUCAAAAACUGGUCAAUUAAGUUUACUUUUUCAAAUUGAUUAUCCAGAGAUUGAAUCUGGAUUACAACCAAGACAUAGAAUUAUGUCUGCAUUUGAACAAAGAGUUGAACAACCAAAUAAAGAUUAUCAAUAUUUAUUAUUCGCAGCAGAACCUUAUGAAACUAUAGCAUUCAAAAUACCAAAUAAAGAAAUUGAUAGGACUACUGGUCCUGACGGUAAAUUCUUUACUCAUUGGGAUAGGAAUAAAACUUUUACUUUACAAUUAUAUUUUAAAGAAUAA